AUGAUCAUCUCGCAACUCAUUCUGGCCCUGCUGUGGUGGUGCGUCUCCACCGCGGCUGGGGCAGAAGAGACCUGCGACAAUGCUCCACCCAACGACCCCAUCGGCAUCGACCUCGGCCAUCGUCUUGUCUCCGCCUCCUACGCCAAUUCCGUUGACAAUUUCACCCUGCUAGGGGUGGUAAAUCAUGAGGAGUACCAGCGGCAGAUUGGGGAACUGUCCUGGGACCACUUUCAGCAAUCCGGCCUUGCGAGGCCGGGAAGGGGAUCGAGGUCGACACCGCUGGCGCUCCUAGGCAGCGUCCUGUGGAGCUUGUUCGAAGUGAUCGAUGCGAAAGUCCCCAUUAGCAGCAACUCAUAUGUCAUAUGGACUCAAGACUCAAUCCGCUCCAUAUCUGACAGUGUCUACGGCACCAUUCCUGUCUCUGUUCGAGAAAGGAUCAAGUCCUUCCUCGUCUCGCGCGGCCUGAUCCAGAAGAAGUUGUCUCUGUCCGACGUCACCGAAACACUCACAGAAGUAUUCGCCGAACUCAAGGCAACCGCCCUCGCAGCCCACAGUGUCAACAUGACCUGGGCCGUGGUCGGCGUGCCGGACUUCUUCAACGACACGCUGAGAGACACUGUGAUUCAAGCUGGGCAGCAGGUGGGAAUCACGAUCCUCGGGGGCGCCGUACCCCCGCGCUCCUUCUGCACUCACUACCUCAAUCCGGCGGUUGACCAGGAUGAUCGUGUACUGGUUGUUCACCAGGGACAAUUCCAUUGUGGCGUUCAGCUGUACGACGGGUCACAGCAGCGCCGCCGCCACCGCAGGUCGGGGUACCCGUAUCUCCCAUUGGUUCCGUGGAGUGGCCAGCGGAUCCAACUCCAACUUGUGAAUGAGCUUGUUAGUGGUGAUGCUCAGUUACAAACGCUGGUUGAUGAGGGUGGUGAUAAGGGAUUUCUGACACAGGCGGUGCUGAAGACAAGGUUGACAUUGAAGGGGUACGAUCCGGCAGUGGAGCUGUUGCUAGGGCUUGAGCCGUUGCUGGGAGAUCAGGGCGGCAGUAACGGAGUUUAUGAAGAUGAGGAAAGGCUUGACGAACUUCCGAUAAAUCUAGACUCCUGGUGGGCGCAUGGGAGCGUUCCCGACCUGGUUCUCACGCGUAGCCAGAUCACGGCAGCUGAGGACGGCUACGUGGAAGUUUUGGCAAACAAUAUUCAAGCUUACUUGGAAGCUACCGCAGAGUUGCACAAAACGAGAAAAGCAUCGAACCUCGUGAGAGUGGACUACGUAAUUGUCUUGACCGAUUACUUCGAUGGAGAGCUUGUGCAUCGCGCCGUGUGGAAGGCUCUCGGGCACGAAGUUCCUAUUUUUGGUUCGUUAAAGGAAAUCACUAUGGUGGCAGAGGGUGCCGCGAGGUUGGCGUGGAAGCGGAGGGAGAAUCUGCUGCUGCUGAGGCGGGAGAGUCUAGAGGAUAGACAUGAUGAGCUUUGA